AAGAUCCAAAACAAAGCCAAAGGAAGCAGAGUCAAUGGAGGCACGUCAUGACCUGCCCAAUCCAAGCUGUCAUUGUGUAGGCUCGGUUCUUCCCAUGUCCUUUAGCCAUGUCACUCCACAUACAAGAGCGCUUUUCUUCUCUCUUCAAUUUCACCAUGAAUAUGAACAUGGCCCAAACCAGUCUGCACAGGUUGCAUGCUCCUCCAUGCUGUGUCAAACAACAAGAUUCUCAAGUUCCUGGUUACCAUUUCCAAGCUAAACUCAUAAACGAGAAGCCCGCAUCCAUUCAUUCUUACAGAAGCAAACGGCUCACGAAAACAAGGCCAAUACGAUUACGCCCUCUCUCUGUUUGUAAAAACAGUCAUGACCAUGAAACCUCUCAGAACAAUUCUACUCCACAAGAAACGGGGACCCGAUAUUUGGAUUCUUCAAACAUCGAUAACAGCGUCUGCAGCAGCAGAAGGGAAGCAAUUCUGAAGCCACUGUUGACAUUGGGUAUCUGUUCAAUGCAUUCCAUUGCAAAAGCAGAAAUUGCUCAACUGGAUUCUGUGAAAAAUCCUGAACAUUUGGGACUCGAUAAAAAGGUGGACACAAUAAAAGAACCAGAGAAGAUGGAAUCCAAUACGAAGAAGUUAGCAAGCAUGGAGAGCAACAUUAGCAAUUCGAGAAUAUAUGAUGCCACUGUUAUAGGGGAACCUGUGGCCAUUGGAAAAGAUAGGCAGCGGGUUUGGAAUAAGCUCCUAGGAGCACGUAUUGUUUAUCUUGGAGAAGCAGAAUAUGUCCCUGAUCCUGAUGAUAAGGCUAUUGAACUGGAGAUUGUACAAAAUCUGCGGGAUAACUGUUUUGAGCAGGAACGUCCCAUUUCAUUAGCUCUUCAGGCGUUUCCGAGCAAUCUACAAUCACAGCUUAAUGAAUACAUGAAUCAAAGGAUAAAUGUGAACGAUCUGAAGUCUUUCAUAUCACAUUGGCCAGUACAACAAUGGGAAGAGUAUAAGCCUCUUCUGCAAUAUUGCUGCACAAAUGGAGUUCGAUUGAUUGCUUGUGGUGCACCUCUUGAGAUAUUGCGAACAGUGGAAUCCGAAGGCAUCCAAGGUCUCACAAUGACAGAACGUAGGAAGUAUGUGCCCCCACUUGGUGCAGGAUUCAUUGCAAAUUUUUCUUCAAUCUCUCGGAAACUCCAACUUAAUGGUGUAUUUCCACAGGCAUCUUUUUCAUUUGGUCCAGGCUCUUACCUCUUUGCUCAGGCUCGGAUGGUUGAGGAUUUCACUAUGUCUCAGAUAAUAACACAAGCAAUGAUGGAUGGAGGUUCAGUUGGACUGUUGGUUGUAAUAACAGGUGCUUCUCAUGUUUUGCUUGGGACCAGAGGUGGUGGGUUGCCAGCAAGGAUUUCAAAAAAAUUACCCAAAAAGACUCAAGUUGUUGUGUUACUGAAUCCUGAAAGACAGCAUAUACGGAAGGAAGGAGAGGUUCCAAUUGCUGAUUUUUUGUGGUAUAAGGCUGCAAAACUUUGUACUAGAAAUUGUUUUGACCGUGUUGAAAUUGCCCGAAUCAUGGAUGCAGCUGGCAGAAGACGAGAUGCUCUACCUCAGGAUCUUCAGAAGGGGCUUGACCUUGGAUUGGUAUCUCCAGAGGUAUUGCAGAAAUUUUUGGAUCUGGAUAAGCAGCCUUUUAUUGCUGAAUUGAUACAUCAUUUUCAGGGAUUUAGGGAGAGAUGGUUAGCAGAUCCCAGGUUCUUGCAAAGGCUAGCUUUAGAGGAGACUAUAUGUAUCACAGCAACAUUAAUAGCUCAAUAUGAAAAGCGUAAAGAGCGUUUUAUUGAAGAGCUUGACUAUGUGAUAAGUGAUUCUUUGCGAUCAGCUGUUGUUUCUUUCUUUGCUGUUUGGCUUCCUGCUCCGACUUUAUCAUUUAUUUCAUACGAAGAAAAGAUAGGUACAUCUGGAAUAAUGGAUGGCUUGAAAGGGCUACUAGGGUCACUCCCAGAUAAUGCUUUCCAGAGAAACGGUCUAGGAAAAAGCUGGGAUUUAAGAGCAAGAAUGACCGCUGUGGUAAUGGGAGGGAUGAAACUCUUUUGUGUGGGUUUUGUUUCUAGUAUUGCUACAGUGAGUGUAACAAAUACACUCUUCACCAUCAGACAACAAUGGAGGACAGGUGUUGCAAGAAAUGAUGUGAAAACAAAAUCUCCUGUGUUGAAGACAGCCCUUGUUUAUGGGUCCUUCCUUGGAACAUCUGCAAAUUUGCGAUAUCAGUUUGUUGCUGGAAUAGUAGAGCAUUGGGGUGCAGAUUAUGUACUUGCUUCCCAACCAUUUCUUGGAAACGUAGUAUCUUUUCUGGCUCGUGUAAUCAACUCAUAUUUUGGAACUCGGCAAUGGAUAGAUCUAGCCAGACUAACAGGACUCCAACAGAGCAAAGCUGAACCUGAAAAACUUUCUUGUAAGCCAUUGAAUCACCCCCCUGAACAAUUGGAAGGUGAAAAGUAAAACCUUACAGAUGUGUUGAAAAUCAAGAGUUUAGAAAUUCUUCGCUACACAAUGGCUGAGGUCUCUAGCAAUGUUUGUCUUCAGGAUUUGUCAAUUUUAGCACAAAAGCUGAUAAAUUGCAUACAACAUAUAUUGUGUGAAAUUCCUAUUCAGUCACAAUUCUUUUGAAAAAUCAAGAAUAGUUGAGAUCGAUUCAAAUGAGAAUCUGUGUAAUUCUUAAUUAUAAUAAUGAAUCAGUUUCUUGUUGGUGAGUAAAUUUCAAAAUCUUCUAGAAUUGGUUUCUGGGUUCUUGUGUUCCUCUCAGCUCUCUUCCUCUUAAGGUUGUCCAGCCAGGCAUUCUUAGCCCUCAGUAUACUUCAAUGGACAUCAUUAGAUCUUGUGUUGGCACUUGCAUGGUGAUUAACAAGGAUGCUGACCCUCCUGCUCCAGGCUCGCAGACAGAUUUGAGACAGCUUUCAUCAACUUCGGCUCCCUUCUUUCAAAUGUCUUGUUUUCCUCGGUGAGAGGCCUUCCUUUCACAUGGUUAUUUGUAUCAUAAGGUUUUCAACCCCUUUAAUUAGAUUCGCCAUUGUUUUAGUUUACUUUGGCUGUUACACAUUCUUGUGGCUUCUACUUGUUAUUAUAGCUCAUUCUACUUUGUCCAA